GUUGUAACAACUUCAGUUAAAAUACAAAUUAAAACACCUGCUAAUAUCGUGUGAAACCCGGUAAAAUAUGGCUAUUAAACAUUUGUUAAGUACAACAUGAUCUGACGACUCAACUGCUGGCUGGUUUAAUGCCUCUGAAAGACCGCAAAUGUUGUUUUUUGUGAGUCGGCUCAGAAUGAGGUUCAAGUGAUCCUGCACGCACACCUGCUCCUGUGCUCCUGCCUGGCAUCAUAUUACAGAAACCAGAGCCGGAAACCCCAGAACAAGAAACCUUGAGCAGAAUCCAGUUCAUAUUGGGGGACCCAUCUUCUUGAGGCUGGUCAAAAAGAGGAAGGUGGGACAGAGGAGAGCGGAGGAGAGCAGCAGAAACCACAACCAGCGAUGCCAGAGACAACGCAAGAGACGUGCGCUUCGGCCAAGGACUCUCCUUUCUUCAUCAAGAACCUGCUGAACUGUGAUAGCAAACCGUCUAAGCCCAAGCCCGUGCUGGCCGCCACAAAGGCGGCCUUGGAGGGAGGAUUUUCUCUUUCCCAGGUCGGGGAAUUCAACUUUCCACGCUUUGACCUGCCCGCACAGAGGUUCAGUUUGCCGGCUCACUACUUGGAGCGCACCUCGGCGUGGUGGUACCCUUACACCUUGACCUCAGCCGCCCAUCUACACAGAACCGAAGUCACCGAGAAACCAGGAGCCAGAGACUCCUCUCCAACCUCGGGCACCGACAGAGACUCCCCUGACCUGGUGCUCAAAUCCGAGCCAGACACCAAAGAUGACGACGAGGAAGACGAGCACAACAACAACAGAAGCAGCGACGAGAUCAUCCUGGAGGAGAGCGACACGGAAGAGGCCAAAAAAGACGAGCUGGAGGAGUGGAAGAAGAGGGACGAUGACAAGAAACCGUGUCGCAAGAAGAAGACGCGCACGGUUUUCUCCCGGAGCCAAGUGUUCCAGCUGGAGUCCACCUUCGACAUGAAGCGCUACCUGAGCAGCUCGGAGCGCGCCGGCCUGGCCGCGUCCCUCCAUCUGACUGAGACCCAGGUGAAGAUCUGGUUUCAGAACAGAAGGAACAAGUGGAAAAGGCAACUGGCCGCGGAGCUGGAGGCCGCCAACUUGAGUCACGCCGCCGCGCAGAGGAUAGUCCGGGUGCCCAUCCUCUACCACGAGAACUCGGCUUCUGAGAGCGCAGGCGCCGGUGCCAACGUGCCCGUGAGCCAGCCACUGCUCACCUUCCCGCACCCCGGCGUCUACUACUCCCAUCCCAUCGUCACAUCUGUGCCGCUGCUCAGACCGGUUUGAGUUUUGCGGCACAACUCGUUGUUUAUUUACUUAAUCAACAUAUUAAUUAAAAAAAAAAAAAAAAAAAAAAAAAAUUAAAAUAUUUUUAUACAACUGCGUGAAUGAAGAAAAAAAGAGAGACUGCCACUGUCAGGCCUACAUGGACCUAGAGCCUAUAUGGAAAGUAUAUUGUCUCAUUUUCCAAGGGUACCGUUUACACAUGAUCUGACAAUUGAAAUCACAUGUUCAUUAUUAUUAUUAUUAUUAUUAUUAUUGUUAUUAUCACCUCAGGAGUCCACCUGCUCUCACUGCCUGAUUGUCUUUUUUUCCUAUUUUUAUACCGUGACUGUUGCUGGACAGGUUAACUCUGUGUGAUGUUAAAACAAACAAAAAAAAAAAGAAAAGAAAAGAAAAAAAUUGAUUUGAUUACAAAAAACUGGCGGUCCUACUUAUCACACUAAUUUGAUUUAAUUUUCAUUUCCAGAAGUGAUAAUGCAAUGAUGUGCAAUACACUGACGGUGUGCUGUGAAUGAGUGAACCCACUACCACACGAGAAACAUACAUGCCAUCUAUUCUUGAUGAGGCUCUGGUAGAAUUAUUAUUUUUUCGUCUUUUUGUUUUACGCUUGACGAGGGACAAUCAAGACACUGUUACCUGUAAAAAAAAAAUAUCCAUGUAGCUUUAUGUUUAGUUUUAGUAAUUCUCACUCUUGUUCCCCCCCACACGGACACGUCUUUCAAGCACAAGUGUGAGUCUCCUAAUUUAGUCUAAUUUGUGUCUUUAGAACAGGGAGGGGGCGGCAAAAAUAUCGACUACACUGGUGUACAAAAUAUGUAAAUGUAUAUAUUUAAUGAGGCGCGGGGAUUCCUCAUAACGGCUUCUCGUUUGUACAGUAAAAACGACGUUUUGAUAUUGUAUUGCUGAACCAUGUUGUGAAAUAAAUGGAGAAUAUUCCUUA